ACAAGCUGCCGUUAGCAGCAGCCGGCUGGGUCCCCCCCGGGAGGAUUAGGGACCCUGUCGCAGUCUCUGGGGGGGACGGACAGCAGGGCCCAGUGGCCACGCGUCCUUCUGCAAGGUGACAGCCGCCUCUGCAGCUGCCGGAGGGUCCGCAGCGCUCGGUGCACACAAGCCCCACGGGGUCAGCUCGCCCAGGACUGUCGCCACCCGCGUCCCGCGGCACCGGCGCCACCAUGGACAUGAACGUGUCGGGGCCGGACAACGCCACCAUCCUGAUGCUGCGCGACCCCGUCAUCGCGGUGGCCCUGCCCGUGGUGUACUCGCUGGUGGCGGUGGUCAGCAUCCCGGGCAACCUGUUCUCGCUGUGGGUGCUGUGCCGGCACAUCGGGCCCAAGUCCCCGUCCGUGGUGUUCAUGAUCAACCUGAGCGUCACGGACCUGAUGCUGGCCAGCGUGCUGCCCUUCCAGAUCUACUACCACCGCAACGGCAACCACUGGGUGUUCGGCGAGGUGCUGUGCAACGUGGUCACCGUGGUCUUCUACGCCAACAUGUACUCGUCCAUCCUCACCAUGACGUGCAUCAGCGUGGAGCGCUUCCUGGGCGUCGUGUACCCGCUGGCCUCCGCGCCCUGGCGCCGCCGCCGCUACGCCGUGGCCGCCUGCGCCGCCGCGUGGCUGCUGCUCCUGGUGGCGCUGUCCCCGCUGGCGCGCACCGACCUCACCUACGCCGUGGAGGAGCUGGGCAUCGUCACCUGCUUCGACGUGCUCAAGUCCACCAUGCUGCCCAGCGUGGCCAUGUGGGCCAUCUUCCUCUUCACGCUCUUCAUCGUGCUCUUCUUCAUCCCCUUCGUGGUCACCGUGGCCUGCUACACGGCCACCAUCCUGACGCUGCUGCGCGCCUCCGACCCGCAGGGCCGCGGCCAGCGCCGCCGCGCCGUCAGCCUGGCCUUCGUGGUGCUGCUGGCCUUCGUCACCUGCUUCGCGCCCAACAACUUCGUGCUGCUGGUGCACAUGGUGAGCCGGCUCUUCCUGGGCCGCAGCUACUACCACGUGUACAAGCUCACGCUGUGCCUCAGCUGCGUCAACAACUGCCUGGACCCCUUCGUGUAUUACUUCGCCUCCCGCGAGUUCCAGCUGCGUCUGCGGCGCUACCUGGGCUACGGGCCGCUGCCGGCCACCUGCCGGGACGCGGGGCGCGACAGCCUGUUCUCGCCGCGGACGCUGUCGGCGCGCUCCAUGUCCAGCGGCCACGGCGACGGGCUGGAGGCUCCGGGCCGGCCGGCCCUCAGGAGGCAGGAGAGCGUGUUCUGAGCCCCGCGCCGCCCCCCCGGGGCUGCAGGUGCACACAGGCCGCCGCUGGGGGACGGGGCGCGCGGGGACGGACGGCGCUGCAGCGGUGCAGGACGCACGGUGCCGGCUCCCUGAUGCCCAGCACCCACCCUGACCACGCACUCAGCCGGCCCAUCCGGGUCCCCGGGGUCCCCAGCGUCCGCCGGCCUUGCUCUGUGCUCCUGCUGCUGGAGACCCUGGACAGCCUGGACCGCGUGUGCAGAGCAGCCUCAGUCAGUGUGCGUGACCCCAGACACGGGUAGACGUGCCCCUGUUGACCUCUGUGCUCCCGGAGCUCACCAGCACCCCCUCCCCGCGCUGCUAUGGCAAAGGGCCCCCCCGCCAGCCAGGAGCAACCACAAGGGCUUCCAAACGGGUUGGUGACUCUGGUUCCUCCAGGCUCACGUUCCCCAAAAUGUCACAACUCCCCACGUCCGCACACGGCGGGCAACCACGCAGGAGGCGCGGGUGGAGAGCCUCCGGCUGGAGCACAGGCUGCUGACGACGAGUUCCAUGAACAACGAUGGCCGGCUGCUGCCACCACUGGGGUCCCGGACAUCUCCAGGCCCCGAGGCGCCCUCCGGACGGUUCUCAGCCUCCUCCUCCCCCCGGGUGACAGCCGCUGAGCCACGUGCGAGUCCUCCCAGGGUGUGAGCUGACCUCGUGCACCUCGCCUCGCCCAAGGAGCCCUCUGGGACCCGGGCACCUGGCCAGACCACCGACCCUACAUGUAUGAGUGCCCAAGGCUCUCCGGGACCAAGUAGUGACCCCAAACCCGUGUCCGUCCAGGAGCUCAGAACGUGAUCUCCUGCAUCGGGGUGGCCCUAAAUCCAACGACAGGAAGAGACAGGAGAGGAGCUGCAGACGCAGAGGAGGAGCCCCGUGAGGGCGGAGGCGGAGACGGAAGGGACGCGGCCACCAACCCCGGGGAUGCCUGGGGCCCCAGGCACUGGAAGAGGCGGGAGGGACCCUCCCCGGAGCCCGUGGACCUCAGCGCUCUGGCCCCCCUGGACCUGAGAUGUCCAGUCUCCAGAGCUGGGACGGGAUGUGGUGUGCAGGGCUCUCCGGAAGAUGAGACAAGCCGUGGCCUCCGGGGUUGGCCUUCGUAACUCGCGGGGUGAAUGCGGGGCACAGAGCCUCCAGGAGGGUCCCCGGCGUGGUGGCACCGGAGAUGCCCCGUGCCCUCGAUGCCCUUCUGCACACGGUGACGUCCCCGCGUGGAGUCCAACGCCAUGCACACGCCGCCCUUCACAGGGCACCUGCUCCGGGGAGUAACCGGAGACGCACGCGCGGCUCCCGCGGGAGGAGAGUGUGGCCCUGGGACGAGACCCACGUUCCCACCCCUGCCCUGCGCCCCUGCAGGUUGAAAGUGGGCGAGCCCGGGCUGCGCGUGCCCCUGGGGCCUGAGACUCGGCUUUGGGGGCCUGUCGACACUGUCACCAUGGUCAUCACCCACCGCCUUGCACCCGGAAGGUCCCCGCCGGGGAUGGCAUCCAAGCCACUUGGUCCUGAAUGCCCAGCUGUGAGCACAGAGUCCGAGGCCACCAUAAGGACCCUUCGGAGAGACCCCUUGAGACUUACUUGCAGAGGCAUUUACCUGGGAGGGCUUGGGGGGGUGGGGGGAGGCCCAGGUGACUCCAAGAAGCCUGGCCUUAGCAACCUAGAUUCUGCGACCAAGUAAGCACGUCCCCCGACUGUCUUAAACCCUAGAAAGCAUCUUCGAGGCAGCAGCAUCCAGGGCCGGACGUCCUGAGCCAGCAGGACGCCCCCACCUGCGCUCUGGGCGUGGGCCUGGCCUGUCCGCUGCGCAGAAGCUGUGAGAACCUCAAAGCAGCCGCACGGAGUAGCUCACGGCGUGAACGGGAGGAAGCCCGUCUACAUAACAUCGUCCGCCGCUGCAGGAUGUCAGGGCCCCGAAGCCGUCGGGGGGACAGAGGGGACUGGCCCCGGGGUCACCGUCCUGCAAGCGGGCAGCGGCCGCAUUAGCUGGGGGACGGGGCCUCUUCCCAGCUGCAGAGGUCGCGGCUUCGUGCCACGGAGUCUGUGCUGGAGCCCGAAAUGCCAGGACGGGCCUUGCUGCUGGCUGGACACGCCGACCGCGUGUGCCUCGUGUGUGUGCGUAUGUGCGUGUGCGCCCCAGAAACUCCACCUGUCUGCCUGUUAAGUAUCAAAUAAAAGUAUGACGUGUUGGGGGUA